AUGGAUAAUGGAAGUAGACCUGUAAGCCAAUUUAUCGAAACAAGUUAUGAUACAGUAUGGACAAUCGCCUUAACGUUUAAAAGUGCCCUAAAACAUUGGAUUCAAACGGAUUAUUUUAACAACACAGUGCCGAGUUUUUCUAAUGUGAAUUAUUCUAGAAUAUCAAGACUGAGACAGACUUUUUACAGCAUUAUAGAAAAUGUACAGUUCUUGGGAGUCUCUGGCCCGGUUUCAUUCCAAGGACCAGACAGAAUCGGAAUCGUCGCCGUUUAUCAACACCAAGGCGAUCAUCUCCGACCACUAGCAAUUCACGAUCCAGCCAAAAAUAGUUUUGAUUUUCAUUGUUCACAAUGUGUCCCUGUGAUCUGGCAAGGCGAUCGUGUACCACGUGAUAAAAAGAUAAUACGUCAUCGUCAAGCAACUAUAUCUUCUACUGUGUUUUUGAUUGGCUGUGCUUUUUGUAUAUUUGGAAUUGUAUUAGCUGUGUGUUUCUUAGCUUUUAAUUUAUAUUAUAGAAAAUUAAGAUAUAUAAAACUAUCGAGUCCUAUAUUAAACGAUGUAGCUGUUAUUGGUUGUAUUCUGGUAUAUACAGCAGUUGUCGUACUUGGUUUAGAUGAUUCCAUUCUUCCUCUCAAUGUCUUCCCUUUUAUAUGCACGCUUCGUGUUCUGCUUUUUGCUGCUGGUUUUUCUCUUGCAUUUGGUGCUAUGUUCGCUAAAACUUAUCGUGUUCAUCAAAUUUUAACAAGAGCACACACUGGACUGCUUAAAAAUAAGUUAUUACGGGAUAAACAUCUGUUAUUUAUGAUUGGGGCGUUGUUAAUACUAGAUUCAGCUAUAGUCUUUGUCUGGGUUUUAGUCGAUCCCAUGCAGCGUCAAAUAACUAAUUUAACUACCAUUGCUUCAGAAGAUGAUGAAGAUAUUUGGUAUAUUUCACAACUCGCCACGUGCCAUUCAAAUCAUCUGCAAAAAUGGACGGGGGCAUUCUAUGUUUAUAAGGGUCUGCUGUUAAUAUUUGGAGUAUAUAUGGCGUGGGAAACCAGAAGUGUCAAGAUUCCCGCGUUAAACGACUCUCAGUAUAUUGGUAUGAAUGUAUAUAACGUGGUGCUUAUGAGUAUAAGCGUGGUAGUCCUAUCCAAUAUAUUGUCCAUGGAACCAACUUUAGCUUAUAUUGUAGAAUCUUCUUUUAUGUUCCUGUCCACGACUGUAACUCUGUGCUUGCUUUUUGUUCCUAAGGUAAGAGAAGGCCAAUGGUAA